AUGGAAGAGAGCGCCAAGGACCCGGAGGUGUGGCAGGAGGCGGAAGCGUCCGCGAAGCGCCAGCGCGCGAGGGAAGCAGAAGCAGAGAGUACGGCCAUCUCAGGACCGAAGAAAAAAAGAGUCGGGGAAGCGGCGCUGAGGGGGAAGAAACGGCGACUGUGCACUGCUUCAGAAGAGAGUAGGGCGGCCGAGGCAGCACUUGUGGCGAACUAUGUGCCCGGAUGAUGUUGUUGCGCCCUGUUUCCCUCCCUGCUGAAUGCUAUCCUCCUUUGUGUAUGUCCUUUGUAUUACGUUCGGCCUCUGUGUUGUAUAUAUAUAUUUCUUUUUUUCACGUCCUCCCUGCCUACUCUGCUGUGUUUGUUGGGUACCCUGAUCUCGCUUUUGCUGUUGCUUUUGUUUUUUGUACAUCUGGCUGUCUGCUCCAUCUGCCAUCUCUUUGUCCUGUUUGCUCCGUUACUCCCAUGCCCUGGUGCGUAGUGCCUGGUGCUGGUACGUUACCCUCUGAUUUUUUCGAUAGGCGGGUGUGGGAAGCGUCCUCCUUUAUUUUUGUUUUUGUUUACUUUUGAUCGGUUUCCGCGGGCUCUUCUCUCGAACGGCC